AUGGUUCGAAUGAGCGUACUGGCUGACUGCCUAAAAACGAUUAACAACGCGGAGAAGAGAGGAAGGCGACAGGUGCUGAUAAGGCCCUCAUCCAAAGUCGUCGUGAAAUUCUUGCAGUACAUGCAGAAGAAGGGGUACAUUGGCAACUUUGAAAUUGUAGAUGAUCAUCGAUCGGGAAAGAUUGUGGUGAACCUCCUGGGACGAAUAAACAAGUGCGCCGUCAUAUCACCCCGGUACGACGUGAAGCUGGACGAGAUCGAAAAGAUCAUCACCAACAUUCUUCCCAGCCGACUCUUCGGUCACUUAAUCCUGACAACCCCCUACGGUAUUAUGGAUCAUGAGGAGGCAAGAAGAAAGCACACGGGAGGAAAGGUCCUUGGCUUCUUCUUUUAA